AUGUCUGCGACUGAAGCAAUUAACCACGGCGAGCUGGAGAAGGACAUCGGUACCGUUCCCCAGAACGGUGGAGGUGCCCCCAUGCAACCCCAGAUGUCCGCCGAAGAGCACCAGGUGGCCCGCGCCGCCGCUCGCUUCGGAUACGGACCUCUCGCCCACGUCAAUGAUGCCGAGGCCUCUCUCCCCGCCUUCGGAGGAGAGUUCCAGCCCGGUCUAUACAAGCCCGUCGAGGGCCGCAAGUUUGGUAACCCGGCUCCUCUGGGCCUCUGCGCUUUCGCCCUCACCACUUUCGUGCUGAGUGCUAUCAACAUGGGUACCAAGGACAUUGGUGAACCCAACAUUGUCAUCGCCCUAGCCUUUGGUUACGGUGGUCUCGUCCAGCUGCUUGCCGGCAUGUGGGAAAUGGCUGUCGGUAACACUUUUGGUGCAACUGCUCUGUCCUCUUACGGUGGCUUCUGGCUCUCCUUCGCCAUUGUUCUGACCCCCGGUGGAUUUGAGAUCGAAGACAAAUUGUUGGCCGCAGACCCCGCCAAAUUCUACAAUUCCUUCGGUCUGUUCUUGAUGGGUUGGUUCAUCUUUACCACCAUCAUGCUGGUUUGCACCCUCAAAUCGACCGUCGCCUUCUUCCUGCUGUUCUUCUUCCUGGACCUGACCUUCCUCCUGCUCGGUGUCGCCUACCUGCAGCAAGGUGCUGAUGGUGCCCCCAAUGCCAAUGUCCAGAAGGCUGGUGGUUUGUUCGGUCUCCUGGCUGCCUUCGCCGCCUGGUACAAUGCCCUCGCCGGUAUCGCCGACACUAGCAACAGCUUCUUCAUUAUCCCCGUUGCUCACUUCCCCUGGUCUGCCACCGGCAAGAUCCGCCGUGGCAAGUCUGAUUAA